UGAAAUUCAGAAUGAUAAAAUAGAGCAGCCUCGGUACUUUGCAAGUAACUUGCUUGCGAAAGACUGAUUCUUUCCCCAAUACGAACCAGCAUUGUGAACUUUCUAAUUUGCUUACUUACCUUGCGAUUCUUUGAUGUCAUUUGAUUUCUUGCUUUGCCAGGGUACGAUUACCCGGAGCGCAUAUAAAUUUUUAAAAACUUUUCUAAAGAAAGGCACUAGGACAGCAGCAGCAGCAGCAGCAGCUGAAACAAAAGCUGAAGUUUUUCUACCUCAGGAGAGCGAAUAAUGGCACCAUUUCAUUUUGAAAGGGGUUCUUAACAAGUUUGGAUAGAAUUAGACUUGCUUCUUUAUCUGAUCUUUAACACAAAAGGAAAAAAAAAGAUCUGCAGCAAGAUAAAACUAUACCACUUUACCAGCCACUUUAACCAGCCAGGACAAGUUUUUAAUCUUAAAUGAAAAAGAAUAACAAAGGAUGCAGUGGCUGGCAAUUUAGAAGGAUGGAUGUAACCACCUUUACAACUUUGACACAGGACUGUCCCUCCUUUAUUGCUUUCUGAGCUAAAAGUGUGGAAGAACUUUGUGCUGCCUGAAAACUCCAGCAAGUAGGCUUGGCAGUUUUCUGGUGCAGCUGGAAUGUAAAGCGGUGAUGAAAGCAGACUUUGCCCAAUACCUGCUCUCUCUAUAUAUUGUAGCUCCCAACAGAGAUACCUUUGUAAAUCCUUCAUUGUCUGUGAAGGAAGGAGCAGGCGAUGGCUCCAAGGCCUGAACUAGCAGGAACAGACGCAAGCAAAGCCCAAGAAAAUCAAGUCAUGUCUGACAGAGCGAUGAACAAUUCAAAAGGUGAAGCGGUUCCUGUAGGAAAUCAGCUGGAACUUUUGCCUGCAUACUCCACCAUUGCCUUGGCAGCAGAACCAGAGCCAGAAUUUGACCCAUGGAGUUUGCCAGAGCUCCAGAACACAGGAGUAAAGUGGUCAGAGCUGGAUGCGAAAGGCAAAAUACUUCGUGUGACAAAAGGCUUCGGAAAGUUCAUCCUCUUGCUUGUCCUGCUCUACUUUUUUGUCUGUGCCUUGGAUGUGCUCAGCUCAGGCUUCCAGUUAGUAGGAGGCAAAGCAGCAGGGGACAUCUUCAAAGAAGGCUCCGUUUUAUCAAAUCCUCUUGCAGGGGUAGUGAUUGGCAUCCUGGUGACAGUCAUGGUGCAGAGCUCAAGCACGUCUUCGUCCAUCAUCGUCAGCAUGGUGUCCUCUUCAAUACUCAGUGUUCGGCACGGAAUUCCGAUCAUGAUGGGAGCCAAUAUUGGUACUUCCGUCACAAACACCGUUGUGGCGCUCAUGCAAGCCGGAGACAGGAACCAGUUUAGAAGGGCCUUUGCCGGAGCUGUUAUCCACGAUUUCUUUAACUGGCUGUCAGUCGCUGUCCUAUUGCCUAUUGAAGUUGCCACGCACUAUCUUUAUCACCUCACCAAUGUCAUUAUGAACUCAUUUCAGCUUGAAAGUGGGGAAGACGCCCCUCAGCUGCUGAAAGUGAUCACUGAUCCACUUACAAAACUUAUAAUCCAGCUUGAUAAAUCAGUGAUAAGUGCAAUUGCUACAGGUGAUGAGGAAGCAAAAAACAAAAGCCUUGUGUUAAUUUGGUGCGAAACCAAGACCGAUGUGGAUCCAAUGAAUGUUACUAUCCCACCCUGGGAAAACUGCACCUCCCCAGACCUUUGUUGGAAAGAUGGAAACUUGACCUGGACAAUACGAAAUAUAUCCACCACAGAAUAUAUUAAAAAAUGUAAUCACAUUUUUGUAGACUCAGGACUCUCAGAAACUGCCAUCGGCCUCAUCCUCCUUGCCCUUUCACUGCUCUGUCUGUGCGUUUGCCUGAUACUCAUAGUUAAAUUACUUAAUUCCGUACUGCAAGGACAAGUAGCAAAUAUUAUCAAGAAGACAUUCAACACAGAUUUUCCUUAUCCAUUUGCUUGGCUGACAGGAUACAUGGCCAUGUUAGUUGGUGCUUUCAUGACUUUUGUUGUUCAGAGCAGUUCAGUGUUCACAUCUGCUAUUACUCCACUUGUUGGAAUUGGUGUUAUAAGCAUCGAGCGAGCUUAUCCCCUAACUUUGGGGUCCAACAUUGGUACAACAACAACAGCUAUUCUUGCUGCUAUGGCCAGCCCAGGGAACAAAUUAAAGGCUUCCUUACAGAUUGCUCUCUGCCACUUCUUUUUCAAUGUUUCUGGGAUUCUCCUGUGGUACCCGAUCCCUUACACACGCAUCCCAAUCCACUUGGCCAAGGUUUUGGGGAACAUAACAGCCAAGUACAGGUGGUUUGCUAUUUUUUACCUUUUUGUCGCCUUCCUUGUGAUUCCUGUUGGCAUCUUUGGUCUGUCGGUGGCCGGCUGGGAGUACCUCGUGGGCGUGGGUGUCCCUAUCCUGCUUCUCUUUUUCGCUGUGAUCAUCAUCAACGUUCUUCAAAAGAAGCGGCCCGAGAAGCUGCCCGAGAAGCUGAGAAAUUGGGACUACCUUCCGUUGUGGAUGCGCUCCUUGGACCCGUGGGAUGACGUUGUGGUGUCGACAGGCGCUGCCUGUGAAAAAUACUGUUGCAAAUGUUGCAAACGCCGGGGAGGUGAACAAAUGGCAAGCGUGGCGCCGGGGAAAGCUAUGGAAGUUCACGAAAACCCAGUUUCACUGGCCGAUGAGAAAAACGCCUUUUCAAAGACACCGCAGGCGACUGAAAUGAAGCAGCCAGACUUGUCCACCACCCCCUUGUAGCAGAAGACAGGACUUGAAGAGCUGAGGGCUCAGGGACAAAAAAAAGUGGAGGACAAAAUGUAGAGGGGGAGGGAAGAAGCGGCGGAGGGAAACGAAUGCCAUCUUCUUGCAUCCAGCGAAAAGUGUGUCUUGCUCUGGUGGUAGCUGGCCGUUUGGGUGAGCAGGCGAGAAGUCAAGUCCAAAAUAAUCAGACGCACACACUUAAGGACACAUGCAGCCCCCGGGGUCUUGUGCACGAACUUACCUCUAGCCUGCUGAGCCAGGAAGCGGGCAGCAGUACAGUGCUGGAGUGAAGGUCUGACUCUGUGCCAUAGCCAGGCCUUUGGGCCUUCCUGCUCCUGUCCAGUACUGCUACAGACCCAAACUGCAUCUGCCACCUCUGGUUGCUCAGCUUUUCAUCAGUGGACCCAAUAUCAGGUACACAGGGCUUGAGGCCACAUUGGUACAGAAGGGAUCUAGUCUGUAAUUUGGAGCAUUGCAUCAAGGACUUUGAGAUAGUACCACCUCCCUUCUGGCGGUUUCGAAAGUUAAGGCACAGGGCAUUGUAAGAAAAUCUUAAAGGUACCAAACUUUUUUCUUUUUUUAAAAAAAGAAAUAUUACUGAAAGAAGCUGGGUGUGUGAGAAUAGGAGUUUAUAAAUUUUUAGCUUGAUGCUUCCAGUAGUUUAUGUCUUCUAGCUAGAAAUCAGGAUAACUUUCCAUACCCUCCAGCAUUUCUCUGAUGAAAAUAGGGAUGUCCUAUUCUAAAAUAAUAAUAAUCGUCAGCAUCAUAAUCAUAAUUUUAUUAUUUAUACCCCACCCAUGUGACUGGGUUGCCCCAGCCACUCUGUGCGGCAUCCAACAUAUAUAAAAAUUAAACAUUUAAACAUUUAAAAAACUUUCCUAUACAGGGCUGCCUUCAGAUGUCUUCAAAAAGUUGUACAGUUGCUUAUCUCCUUGGUUUGGGGAUCACAUAACUCCAUACCCUCCAACAUUUCUCUGAUGAAAAUAGGAACGUCCUAAGGAAAAGCAACACAUUCUGGGAUCAAAUCAGAAACUGGGAUGGCUUCUGUAAAUCCGGGGAUGUCCCUGGAAAAUAGGGACAUUUGCCCUGACUUUCUAGGGCACUUGUCUUCCCUGUGCCUCAAUUUUCUGAGGAUCAAAUUCAAAAAGAGAGAAGAGUUGCGGGAUCUAACCAUUACACACCUGGCUUCCUUCAGACAAAGCACUUUUUCAGAAGAGAGCGCAAAGGGACUUUGGUGGUGGAGAGAUUCCCAUUGAGGCCCACAUGUCUGCUCUUGGCAAAAUUAAAUUGCAUAAAAAUGGAAUGUGAUUUAAAAUGAUUUGCUAUGAUAACUUUUCUUUUAUACCUCAUCAUAGCCAGGGGCAUAGGAGCUCCCGAGGAAUAACCUCCUGGGACCCCAAACUUAGAGCAUGGCAAAAACCAGCCUUUCUAAAUAGCACCCCAAUAACAAAGUGCACCUUAUCCUAUGAUCUCUGGCUAAAUGUAUUUAAGUAAUACAUUUUUACAAGUACAGUCAACCUCGGUUGUUGAACGUAUUCCGUUCUGGAAGACUGUUCCGAAACGUUCGAUAUGUGAGGCGUGGCUCAGAAGCCGUGUCAGAUGUUCAGCUUCCGAAAACCGGAGCAUUUGCUUCUAGGUUUUAGGCAUCUGGGAACUGAAACAUACGAUAAUGGAGCCGUUCAAGAACCGAGGUUUGACUAUAGUAUCAUGCAAUAUUUCAUUCAGAUCAAGAAUAAGACCCCCAUGGAUGAAAUUUGCAGCAUAUGCAAAGAAGCUCUUUUGCAUUACUGCACGUUUUAGGUCUUGUAAUUUUGUAAUUGAUUCCAGGCCAAAGUGUUUGACAACCUGACGUUUUCCCAAGGGGAUUUUGGAAGGGGCUUAUGAGAAUCAAACCAUGGAAAAUAUUAUGGGGCAGGUACGAUAGUAACAUGGCCUAACCAUACUGCUGCGUCAUCAGCCGUAGAUGGAAAACCAAACCAUCAGUUGAUUUUUUUUAACAUAGUUGGAUCUGAUGUGCAUCAUUUAUUUAUUUGAUAAAGAAUACUUUGAGGUGAAUUUUAAUUGUUAGCUAAGACUAAGCAGGAAAUAUUAACAUAUACGCCUGGCAAUGUCUAAGCUUUGAUCCCAGGGGAUGCACAAGUAUGAAGGGGACAAGAUUAAAUAAAAGUGAAGGAUUCUUCUUACCCUGUUCUCAUGGGAAAUAUUUUACCUUUUCCUGUUGAGAUCUGACCUAUGGCCAGACCUUUAAAAAGCUUCAAAAGAAAGUCUCUCCCGCUUGUUAACACAUCAGAGAUGAUAAAAUGAUGUUGAAAUACAUUAGCUAAAGCUCUAAGUCAGACUUAGGCACAUUUAAACCCCAUUGUUUAUGCUGGAACACCUCCCACUGAUACCAGUGCUAUUUAAAAGUGCUUAAAUUUGUCUGCAUGUUUUUCUUCACUAUAAUUUACAAUGAAAGUGAGAAAUCAAUCAUGCGGCUCAAUUCUAUGCGCAUUUACUUAGAAAGUAACUCCUACCAUGUUCAGUAAAGCUUAAUCAUAAGUAAAAUUUUAACUGAAAAACAGUAUUACAUUUUUUUGUAAAAAAAAAAGAGAGAGGGUUUUGUCCUGUGCACAGACUUUCUGAAACCUUCCCUAGCAUUUUUGCUUGCAGUUGUUCUUAAAGAAGUGGGUUUCUAUCUUAUAGUUCCAUUGAUAUUUGAGGUUGUAUAUGGCUUUUAUAUAAUUAAAGCAGUCGCCUGUUUUAUAUAAGAAAUAUAUUCAGAUUUUAUACAAUGGCUUGCGCCUGGCACAAAGGGCAGAGUCCAUCCAACAUGAAGCACUUUCAGUCUCAUUGAAAUUUUAGGCUGCAUUCUUAUUCACACUUGCCUGGAAGUCAGCUUCAUUGAGCUCAGUGGAGCUUACUUCUGAGUAGAAAUACAGUGGUACCUCUACUUACAAAUAACUCUACUUACGAAUUUUUCUACUUACAAAUAGAGCUCCGUCCGCCAUCUUGGAUGCGGUUUAGAUAGGAUUUUUUUCUACUUACGAAUUUUUAGAUAGGGUUGCUUCGACUUACGAAUUUUUUCUCCCAAUGCAUUCCUAUGGGAUUCAACUUACAAAUUUUUUCGACUUACAAAUGUGCGUUUGGAACGCAUUAAAUUCGUAAGUAGAGGUACCACUAUGCAGAAUUGUCCUGUUAAGCGUAUGCUUCAUGCUCCUGCUGAAUUUGAUAGGGCGUAAUCCCAUUGUACCUAUAUUCUUUUUAUGUCAUGUUGCUAGUUGCUUGGUUUUUUUUCAUGGAAAAUGUUGUCUUUAUGCUUAAUCAUUACUGGUUUAUUUAACAUAUUUGUCAGAUAACGUUGACGAACAUAUUUUUAAGUGAAACCGUGUUGCUCUGCGAUAACUCUGGGAUACAGGCAAGCAGCUUAUCUGAUUUCAGGAUAACUCAGUCACAGACCGUAUUAUUUGAACCUCAUCUACCUCCUUCUCUCUAGCAUUAUCCACCUUUAGAGGGGGUGUCCAUAAAAGCUUAUGAAAGACAUGUUCUCUAUUCCGAUAUCGAGUUUUUAGGAGGGGAAAAUCUGGUGCGCUGAGGCUAGGGUACACAGAAUUGGAUGAGGGUCUCAACUUAAAAACACUGAGAGGAGGCUGGGCAGAGUUACACUUACAAAAAGGAGAAGAGCGUUACUAGCAUUGCAUUUUCCUUUAUGUUCCAACACAGAGCUCCUUUCUUUGAGAGUUAAAUGGGAGUCCUGCCUAUCAGUCGAUUUCAUUCUGGGUGUAGUUUGUCGAACUUAAGGCCAGUUUGUACAACUGGCAGAAUAAAGUGGUAAAGUUUUUCCUGAACUGUAACAUUUCAUUUUGGAUGGAUGGUACACAUGGUUCAUUGUGGAAAAAAAAACCCUCUUUGCACAUUGAAAAACAGAAUAAGGGAAAGCAGGGCCUGCCCGCCCGCCCACUCUGUUGAAACCCAGUUAUUUUGAAAUGACAUAGAUAGAGUGGGGCGAUAUAGUGAUAAAUUGUCCGAUAGGGCGUUCAGAUCGUAAUACUGGUUUCAAACAAUUUGAGAUCCAUUCCAGAGCCAGACAUCAUGAUAUAUCAGCAUAUUGCAGUAUUUAGCUGCUGAUAUAUCACUAUGUUGAAAACCAGAUAUUGGCCAGCCCUAGACAUAGACAGUGGCCUAGAUGGGUCUAAGGCAGGGGUCAGCAAACUUUUUCAGCAGGGGGCUGGUCCACUGUCCCUCAGACCUUGUGGGGGGCCAGACUAUUUUUAUUGGGGGGAAAUAUGAACGAAUUCCUAUGCCCCACAAAUAACCCAGAGAUGCAUUUUAAAUAAAAGGACACAUUCUACACACGUAAAAACAUGCUGAUUCCCGGACUGUCCGCUGGCUGGAUUUAGAAGGCGAUUGGGCCGCAUCCGGCCCCCGGGCCUUUGUUUGGGGACCCCGGUCUAAGGCUAGGAGCAAAAAGAACAUGCAGAGGUCUGCUCCCUGCGACACCAGUUUUCUUCCCACUUGGUUCACUUCCAGUAUUGGUGGGGGAAAGCCAUGGAGGAAGGAGGAAGGCUGCCAGAAGCUAAAACUUUGGAUGUACUCCUAAUCGGUACAUUCCCCCUUUUCUCCUAAAUCUACACAAUUUCUACAGGUCCAGGUUUAAACAAACAGAUCUGCUACUGCUACAACUUUUUGGGUCCUAAACUGGUACUUUUGUCUAUUGCAAACCUUCAACCCUCCACCUCGGUGGAAUCUACAUAUGUAUUAAAAAAUGCUGUGAAAAUGUUUUUAAAAAUACGUUUUGAAAAACACAUCGAAUUUUGCAUAGCUCACUUUCGCCAUCUAGUGUCACAUUUGUAUAUUGCACUUUACAACACAUCUAAAAUGUUUUAUUUGCAGCUGCGUAGCUGAGUCCUUGCUCUCUGAAGUGAUACAAUUCUGGAAAGGCUUUUGCACUUGGUUCUACUGUUUUGCACAUGAGUUGCAUGCCUUAGGAAAAAAACUCCCUCUUCCCUAGACAGUAAUAGGAAAGGCCUGUUGAGUGUUUUGCAGCUCUCACCCCAACCCAGAAAAAGGUGUUCCAUGUGGAAGUAGGUUGAAGUGUAGGUGGGUUCCCACGAGGCAAGACACAGUGAUAACAGCAAGAACCUUUAUUGAACUAACAGAACUGGACAACAGGGGCAAAAGCAACUGCUUAUAUACAUUUCUGAAGGCCUGGGCCACUCCCACUCCCAACGUGAUUGGCUGCCUAAACUUCCAAGCUGCGAAUCACAACUCAGAGUUUAAGGGCCAAUGGCAGAAGCCCAAAUCCUGAAAUUUUCUGCGAUUGGAUAUCAGAAUCCUUAGUCCAGACUCAAGCUCAGGCAAACACAGACCACUGAAUACAUAACAUAGGUUUCCAUUUGUAUCAUCCGGGCUGGAUUGGGAUCUAUGUGUGUUACAAAUAGAUACAGCAUUUGAGUCCAUUUGGAAGGUUACAUUUCUGUGGAAAAGCUUUUCAGGAAAGAGAGAGUAAGGAGGCUGAAACCACAUUCCCCCAUUCCCCCAUUCUGGCCAAACAAUUGGCUUCAAAUAUUUUAGCUCUGUGGGUGCACAGUCUAGGUCGGACACCCCCAACCUUCGACCCUCCAGAUGUUUUGGACUACAAUUCCCAUCAUCCCUGACCACUGGUCCUGUGAGCUAGGGAUCAUGGGAGUUGUAGGUCAAAACAUCUGGAGGGCCGAAGGUUGGGGAUGCCUGGUCUAGAUCUUCUGGAUCUUGGUGCAUUUUGAGCCACUCAUCCCUCAUGAAAAUACAAACAGCAGCUGUAUUUUAUCCCCUCUGUGACAUCUCAUGAACCCCGCACUGCCAUCAUCACACAUUGGAGGGGAACGUGAGAAGAGGGGUCCCUUUCUCUCCUACCUGCCUAGGCUCCUCAUGCGAUUUAGAACACUGGCCAUGCAAGAAAUUUUAUCCCCUUGAGUGCUGUGUACAUUAGGCUGCCCCUGUUUUGCAGUGUGAGUGAAGUAGCCUCUCCUUUGUGUGGAAAUCAAAGAGUCUUCUUGUGGAAACGUUGUCCCCUGUCAUAUCUUUUAGCUUUUUAGACUCUUAUUUAUAAUUGUUUUUAGUGUAUAGUUGUUGUUGUUUUUCAUAAGUUGUGUAAGAAGCACCUCUUGAGAUGCGGCUUUUAUAUUGAACAUUCCAAUUUGUUCACUGUGAUAAGAAAUGUUUUUAAAGAAGAGAAAUGGCUUUCGAAAUGGUAUUUUUUGGUUCACAUGCACAUGUCAUGAUAAGCCACGGUUUUCUUCCUGAUCUCGCCUGCUUUGCUCCUCUGCAGCCGUAAGUGGUAGAAGCAAAGCAGAAAUAUGUACCAGUAGUAAGGGAUGGGGAGAAAUUUGAUCCAGUUUUUAUAGGCAAACCAUUGUCCGAAACAAUACCUGGACUGAAACACAGCCAACCUUUGCAAUUCGCUCUACAGUUCUCCAGCCAAGAAAUGUGUUACAAAAAUGCAUAUACUAGGGUAAACUGUGUAUUACCCUGGUACAUAUUUGUGGAAUAUAUUUGUGGAAAUAGCUUAUAAAAUAGAAAGCCAAGCUUAAUUGCCACUUCUUGGUUUGUUUGUUGUGGCGCAAUGGGUCCAUGUGUCUGGCUGUUAAUCACAAAGUUGGUGGUUCGAGACCACCCAGGGAUGGCUGUGGGCAGGAUACCUGCUUUGCAGGAGGUUGGACUAGAUGGCCCUCAGGGUCCCUUCCAGCUCUUCAAUUUUAUGAUUCAAUUAUUCUUCUGCUUGCGGAAGGGGAGUAAUGAAACAUGCACUAUCAACCACAUUGUAAUAAACUCUGGCUUGGCUUAUGAUGUGUCUGAAUGUGGCCAAAAGUGUGGGUGGCAAUGUUAUUUUAAGUUGUAACAAAAUCAGCUGAUAAAGUAAAAUUAAAACCCUUAAAAGAUGAAACUAUAUCUGCAAUGCAUUCAAAUAUUUAACUAUUUUUAUUGACUGUUCCCUUUUUUGCUGUGAAGGAAACUUCUCUUUUUGUAUUAAGAUUUCUUCAUAAGUUAGGAGGAUAGUAUGUAUGACCAGCAAUGGGAAAAGGUAUGAUUUUGUAGUCUGUUUUUGUUCUUUAAAGGAAGUACAGGCCAUUCAAUGAGAAAUUAAAGAUUUUUAA